GGACAACUCUUUCCUUUCGUCAUUUCCGGCUCCCUGUCACUCCCGAACUAACAGCAGAGUGAACAGCCGCAGGAACGGAGCAUUCCUGGCCUUCUGGUGCUGAUUCUCCUUAUUUAUCACCCUCCUCCUCCUCCCCCUCCCCCGCCCCCAUCCAUCCAUCCUGAAAGACAAGACACCUUUCUUCACAUUGCAUGCAUUGUAUAACCUAUCCUGGACAACCUUCCUCUCCUGCUUAAAUUAGGAUGCCCAAAUCAAAGGAACUUGUUUCUUCAAGCUCAUCUGGGAGUGAUUCUGACAGCGAAAUUGACAAAAAGGCAAAGAGGAAAAAGCAAGCUCUUCCGGAAAAACCCAUAAAGAAGCAGAAGACAGGAGAAAGUUCUAAAGCACCAGCUUCAUCUAAGCAAAGCAGCAGUCGAGAUGAUCACAUGUUCCAGAUUGGAAAAAUGAGAUAUGUCAGUGUUCGGGACUUUAAAGGAAAAGUCCUAAUUGAUAUUAGAGAAUACUGGAUGGAUCAGGAAGGUGAAAUGAAACCUGGUAGAAAAGGUAUUUCUUUAAAUCCAGAACAAUGGAGCCAGCUGAAGGAACAGAUUUCUGAUAUUGAUGAUGCAGUAAGAAAACUGUAAAAUCAGAGCCAUAUGAAACCUGUACUGUUUUAGUUGUUUUAAUCAGUCUUUUUACAUUGGCUUUUGUUUUCUAAACUAUUUGUUUUCCAAGCUAUUGUAUAUUUGGAUUGCAAAACAAUUUGUAAGAUGAAUCCUUUUUUUUAAAUGUGCAUUAAAAAUGUAUUCUGAGUGAAGCUGAUUGUCUAUACUUUAUUAAAAAGGAAUGCUUUGCAUCACCACCUGGUGUAAAAUAAAAUCAAGUAAUAAAAUCUAA